ACACACUCCAAAUUUCUCACAUUCUCAUUCCCAAUUCUCAAUUCUCCAUUCACUUUGUUUUUCUUGUUUGAUUCCUUUCCGUUGCGUUUCUGGAUUGGUUUGAAUUUGUUCGACGGUUGAUCAUCUGUGUUGCCCACUGCCUCUUGCUCUUGGUUUGUAUCUACACAAACCUUUUCCAUUUUUGUUUCUUCUUAUCGCUUUCAUUCUUUUUUCCUUUUCCGCAAGUCAUUCCUUGGAUACUCAGUUAUAUCUAUCCAUUGGGGGUAUUCCUUAGGUCAAUCAGAUGUAGGAGUGCCCAAAGCUUAUCGUGUGCUUUUCAGGGUUAUGGAAACGUACGAUGUCGAUCCUGAUGUCAUGAGAUGGGGCCUUCAUCUUUUAGAUGUUUGUACCUUUACAAAUGACAGUUCUCGCAAUACUGUUACUGAAUAUAGAUUUGACCCGAGUUAUAGUCAAGUGGCAUAUGUCAAUGAAGGUUAUUGUGAACCGUGUACUGUGAAUUUGGAGAAUGAUGAGGCUAUUGCACACGCUUUUCAAGAAGAGAUAUCUAGAAUUGAUUCUAUAGAGCUUUCUGGGGUAUCUGAUUCUGGGGAAGACCGUCUGCAAGCAUCUGUUCUUGCACAGGAUUGGCUUGGCCCUUCGUCUAGGCAUGACCCUUUUGGACUUGAGGGUGAUCAGAAAACAACUCUUGGCAACGACAUAAAAGUUGGGGAGACAGAUGAUCUGAGAGGCAACGAGGUGGAGAAAAUGGGAAAUCUCUCUUCAUAUCACCACAACACAGUAGAUAAUCCUUUUGCGGAGGAAUGCUCUUCAUAUUCAUUGGAAAUAAUGGACGAGUCUUCACUUGAUGGUGAAGUGGGCAAAAGACUGAAUCAAAUCGUUCCGGUUCCGCAUGUUCCCAAGACCAUUGAGAAGAUACCUUCAGCUGAUGAAGAGAUGUCAGAUCAUCAACGACUCCUUGAAAGAUUGCAGUUGUAUGAGCUGAUCGAGAACAAGAUUCAAGGAGAUGGCAACUGUCAGUUUCGUGCUCUAUCAGAUCAACUAUAUCGGUCUCCUGAGCACCAUGAUGUUGUGAGAGAACAAAUUAUAGCACAGCUAAAGUUUUAUCGAGAAAUAUAUGAGGGUUAUGUUCCAAUGGCCUAUGACGAGUAUCUGAAGAAGAUGAGCAAGAAAGGAGAAUGGGGCGAUCAUGUUACACUACAAGCUGCUGCAGAUUGGUUUGGAGUUAAGAUAUUUGUCAUAACUUCAUUCAAGGAUACAUGUUCUAUUGAAAUACUUCCAAAAGUUCAAAAGUCCAAACGAAUUAUUUUCUUGAGUUUUUGGGCUGAGGUGCACUAUAAUUCAAUUUAUCCCGAAGGAGAAAUCCCAACUUCGUACGCGAAGAAGAAGAAGAAAUGGUGGAACUUUUGAGUUUAAAGCUUCUUCCUUACACACCGAGUGGUUAGGGUUAUUGUAGAAAAAUGGUUGAUAGUUUCUGGGUUUUCUUCCUCUUCAAAAGCUGAGAUGAUUGCUGAUGGAUGCCUCACUAUUUCAUUUCUUCUGUAAAUAUUUGCACAUUAAUUAUUUAUUAUUACUAUUAUUAUUAUUAUUAUCAUCAUGUAGAGCCAUAUUCUUUAUCCUAAUCCAUCAUAUUUUUGUUUGCUUUUUGCCUCACUCUCCGGCUCUAGGGAGAGUCCUGCCCUGUAAAUUUGCUGAGAAUUCAAGGUUAUAUUUUAAACCACCUUACUUUUGUACA